CUCACACCAGUACCACUCAUUCGCGAGUCGGCCCGCCGCGGUGCAAGCGUGCACAUCAUUAGACACCGAGCUUAAUAACCAAUUUUAAUUCAUUACAUCAUUAUUUUUUACUAUGGCCAAUAACCUGUGGUCGUGUGCUGUUCUAUUGUGUUUCCUCACCUUGACACUGGAAGUCAAAGAUGGAUUUGGCAUGGUCAAACCAGCAUCCAGGGCAUGCAUCGUCGGAGCUGGCUACUCAGGGCUGGCCACGGCCCGGUACAUGAAGGAUCAAGGGCUGAACUUCACGGUAUUUGAGGCCACUAAAUACGUGGGAGGCACCUGGAGAUUUGACCCCCAUGUCGGCACUGACGAGGAUGGUUUGCCUCUAUUCACCAGCCAGUAUAAAAAUUUGAGGAUCAAUACGCCACGGCUGACUAUGGAAUACACAGGAUUUCCCUUCCCCGAGGACACCCAGUCCUACCCCACGGGAGAAUGCUUCUAUAAGUACCUGAAGCUCUUCACCAAGGAGUUUGAUCUCUACCCAUAUAUUCAGUUCAGGAGCCUGGUGACUUCGAUAAAGUGGGCCGACGGUCAAUGGAACGUCACAUACACGAAGGUUGACACGAAGACCAACCACACGGAACAGUGCGACUUCGUAACCGUGGCCAAUGGGGAGUUCAGCUCCCCAGUUUGGCCCAACUUUGAUGGACAACAAGACUUUAAAGGAAAGAUGAUACACAGCCACGAUUACAAAGACCCGGAAGACUACAGGAAUCGUCGAGUGUUAUUAGUGGGUGCUGGUCCUUCAGGUCUGGACCUGGCCAUGCACUUGUCCAACGUCACUUCUAAACUGGUCCACAGCCACCACCUCAAGUACAACCAGCCCUACUUCUCUGAAACGUACGUGAAGAAGCCAGACAUCAGGAUGUUCACGUCCAAUGGAGUCGUGUUCCAAGAUAACAGCUUUGAAGAAGUUGAUGAUGUUAUCUUUUGUACAGGGUAUGACUUCACGCAUCCAUUCUUGGACAAGAGUGUGGGGAUCACAGCAACAGGCAAGUUCGUGCUGCCCCUCUACCAGCACACAAUCAACAUUCGCCACCCCACCCUGGCAUUUGUGGGGGUUUCUAAGAAAAUCCUCAAUAGCGUGUUAGAGGCGCAGGCUGAAUACGUAGCAGCAUUAGCAGCGGGCAAUUUCGAGCUGCCACCGCAGGAAUCAAUGCUCAAGAUCUGGCUCACACACGUGCUCACGCAAAAGGCACGAGGCAUGCGACUGGUGGACGUCAACGUCGUUGACAAUGAUGCGGAUGAUUACUUCGCCAACAUGACAGCCGAGGCUGGCAUCCGGCGGCGUCCUCCGGUACUGAGUGACAUUAGGCAGUUCAAUGCCAGGUACCGUCUGGAGGACUUGCUGAACUACCGCGACUUCGACUAUCAGAUAGUGGACGACCACAACUACAAGCGGUGGUAUAACCCGAGGAAGGGAAAUCCUUGCCCUUUUGAGGACUAAAUAAACUUGAUAUUUGUGGAACAGUCAAGUGAGAUUGUUUAUAUAGGGUGUCAUAGAAAUUGGGGACAACACUCCUGUCACAUAUUCUAAAUCGUGGUGACCAAAUUUUGUUCUAUGACUUUAAAAAAAUAUGCAUUGAUGUAUGUAUUUGAUUGUUGUUUAUGAUUCUAGUUAAAUAAUGACUGUUUCUGUGCUGCAGUGUGUGAUAGUAUUUUUUUCGUAUUUGACAGCAUAAUUCGUUAUGAAAAUUAAAUUGCUACUAAGUAGUGUGGUAGUAGGUAAAUAGGCACCAAGCUUUACUUAAUUCCGUCCUUAUGUUCGAAUAAU